AUGCCGGGUCCCUCGCCCGGCGGCUCCCCGGAGAGGGAGACAGGAGCAGGCGGGCGGCCGCGGGGGCCCGGCAGGGACCGGCGGGUGCGGUUCCGGCUGCCCCACACGGCUAUCGCGCUGCCGACGGUGCGCGAGGAGGAGCGGCUCUUCUACCGGCGUCUGGAGGCACUGGCGGUGCCGGGGCCCGGCGGCUUCGGGCCACUCUUCGCCGCCGACGGCUGGAGCGACCUGACGGAGGACCGGCUGCUCCGGAAGCGCGUGGUGCGGGCCGGGCCGGGCGGGCCGCGGCCGCGGCCGGGGCAGGAGGUGUCGGUGAAGGUCCUGGGCGCCCUGGAGGACGGCGGGCUAGUGGAGCGGGACCCGCGGCUCACCUUCGUGCCUGGCCACGGGGACGUCGUGCAGGCGCUGGAGCUGGGCGUCCCAACCAUGCAGCCUGGGGAGAUCUCCUUCUUCCUCGCCGCCUGCCCCUACGCCUAUGGCCGCCCGGGCAGGUAGGGCGGGUGGGCAGGGGGAGCCAUCAGGCAGGGACUGGAGCGGGCAGGGUGGGCAGGGGGCAGCCGGCCAUGUGCCCACAGAGAGCCCGACGUGCCGCCCGAGGCGCCGCUGCUGUUCGAGGUGACGCUGCUGGAGGUGCGGGACGGCCCUGACCCGCAGCCGCUGCCGCCCGCCGCCCGCCUGCGCCUGGGUUCGCAGCGCCGGGAGCGGGGCAACUUCCACUUCGCGCGGGGCGACUUCGCGGCGGCGCUACGCUCGUACCGGCUGGCCCUGCACGCCCUGGAUGGUCCCGUUACCGCGCCUCCCGGGCCCGAGGAGGAAGAGGAGUUGCAGGAGCAGCGCGUGAAGUGCCUCAACAACUGCGCGGCCGCCGAGCUGAAAGUGGGGCGGGCGGAGGAGGCGCUAGCAGCCUGCGAGGCAGCCCUGCGAAUCAACCCCGACAACGGCCGGGCGCUGCUCCGGCGGGGGCAGCUGCUGGCGGAGCAGGGCCGGGACGCGGAGGCCACGCUCGUCCUGAGGAGGGCAUUGGAGCUCGAUCCGACCAGCAAGGUGAUCCACGCCGAGCUCUCACGGCUAUCGAAGCGUCAGAGCCCCCCAUCUAGCACCGCCUCGCAGGACCCCCGCCACGACCCGAUGCUGCCGCCGAGUCCCGGAUCUCCUGCACCACCCACGGCAGAAGGAGCGGUCUGAGCGGCCCCGCAGCGCACCGGAGCCAGACCGAAGAGAGAGGAACGCUCCCGCACCGUCCUCCCCGCAUUGCCCCGCCCUCCCCGGGGUGGAGAAGAGCGUUGCGGUGGGGGAGGACGGGGGGAAGAGCGGGGCUGCGUUCCCCUCUCUCCUCUCCGCCCCGCAUCGCUCCCCCUGCUCCGCAGCGCUUUCCGCACGGCUCGUGACGUCACAGGGGCGUGCGCGCCGCGCCCCCUGCGCGAGGGGUGGCUGUGGCGCGUGCGCCCCAUGCCCAGCUUUUUCGGCCCCGCCGGCAGAACGGCGGCCGUAGCCCGCGGCCAAUCAGGCGGGGCCUGGCCGGAGAGACGCACCAGUGGGAGUGCAGCGAGGGUGGGGUCGGCACUGUGAUUGGC